GCAAUGUCGCCACUCGGCAGACCAUUUGUUUAUGCGUUGGUGGAGAAAACCGAGUCGCGCGUAAACUCUUAGACAUAAAAAAUUACCAAGUUUUCAAGAUUUAUCAAGGUUAUUGUAGAAUUUGUCACCAAAGACAUGAGACAGUCUUCUUUUUAGGAUGUUUAGUAUUUUCAAUCUCAGUAAUUAACAAAAUUCGUCACCAUGUUGCUGAAAAAGAAAACGAAGGUAGCAGAGUUAAAAGAGUCUGGCGAUACUAUUGAAGAGAGAAAGACCAAAGUACAUGCACAACGAAAAUUUGCUCAAGGGAGUCCCAAUUUCACCUUUAUAAGAGACAGAGAAAAGGAAAAUGGGUCUACAUGCACUUCAAAUCAAUUAAAUCCCUCUGUUUCUGUCUACCACGACUCAACAAACGAUGUCAUACCAGAUGUCUGUCCAAAGACAGAAGAUUUCUUAGAAUUCCUGUGCUUUCGAAGUUGUCCAAGUUUACUCCCUGAUUCCCUCAACUAUUUUGCAGAUCCUGUAAAUCAUAACUUCCCAAAUGGAGUUCCUUCAUGUGAGUCAAAUGAUCAUCCAGGUCCCACAGGAAACACCACUACAAAGCAAGAUCAUGCCAAUAAAGUUGAUACUAAGCUGACAGAAGGUAAAGCAUCAACUGUUUCCAAGCCCAAACCUGUUAAGGAGACAUCAAAGAAGAUAUCCACUAUUAGUAAAAACAAGAUUUCAGUGAGUCGGAUUCAUUCCAGUUUUCGUAAAACUAUCGUCAACUCCGGAAUAAUGACUCGAAUGGGUCGCAUGCAAUCUUGCUCAGAAACAACUUCCAAAUCAUCAAGAAAGCAAACCCUCAAGAACAAGAAAAUGCGAAAAGCGAGUCCGUUGCCGAAGAGAGUAGCUACGCGUUCUCAACUGCGAAGGGCAGAAAUCGAAUCCAGUUCAACAUCAUUUGACGAGGCUUCAGAUUCAGACGCUACCAGUGCAAGUGACAAGAAGCCAUCUCCCGUAACUGUAAAAAAACGAAAAAUAGCGCAUAAGAACAGUAAUAUUUCUUCUAAAUCUCCCAAAAAUACUACCUCAAAGUUCCAGAUUGUCAAAACAAAAACCCGAUCGCUUAAAAAGAAAGAAGCUUGUAAUAUCCCAGUAAGCAAAAAUACUCGUCUUUCAGCCGCUAAGUCUGUUGUCACUCCAACACAUUCUCCAGCAAGAAAAGCUACGAAAGAGUCUAUAAAGCACGAAACAAUCCAGUUACGAAGGAAGUCUUUACUUCCAGAACCAAAACUCUCCCCUGUCAAAGAAAAGUGUAAAGCUUCCCCUAUCAAGGAGAAGUUGAAAGUCUCGCCAACGAAAGAUAAAUCAAAAGCUUCGCCAGAAAAAGAAAAAACAAAGAACUCAUUAACACAUUCCAAGACAAGUGAACCAACAGCAAAAAUGACCCGUGAAGCGGCAAAAAAAUUAAAGAACCAACCAGUUGUUUUGGCCUCCCCAACACGACGUCCAUCACGACGAACAAAGGAAGCUGCUACAUUUUUUAUGACCCUUAUUGGCCAGGAAGAAGAAUUUUAUUCAUCCGAGCUGGAAGAUCAUAAUUUACUUCAAUAUUUGAAAGAAGAAGAGAAAUCGCCUCCCAAAAAGAAAAUCCGUGCUCCUGUCGACCGUAAACGAGAAGCGCAUACUUCAUCGCCUGCUCGAGCAAAACGGAAUACUGUCGAAUUGUCUGUUAGUCCUGCAAAACGUCGAGCUACCAUCCUCCAAGAAGCAGCCAAACGCUUUACGGAGUCACAAAGUUCUAGCGAAACUUCUGACGAAGAACAUUCGUCGUCUUCCUCAUCGUCACGUUCAUCAUCGUCGUCUAGUGAAGAAGAAGCGCCUGUUCGCAGUAUCCGAACGCGAUCAUUUGAUCCUACUCAAGCUGUCAAAUCUCCAAUUAGUUUUAAAAGUAUUGAAGAAUCUCGCAAUACGCGGGCGAUUGUUACGAGAAAGAAAUCCAUGGAUCAAACCCAGAAAACCAUUGUUAAAAUGCCAAGGCUAUUGGAAUCCAAAAAGAAUUCAAACCCCAGCACCGAAAAGGCUGAAGUUAGCAACCGAAAACGCCCGGUCGCGAUCAAGAGGACUGUGGAAACUCCACCUCUGAGUUAUGACCUGAGCUCGCUGAUUGAGGCACCAGUCUUCCACCCGAAUGAAAAAGAAUUUAACGACCCCAUCGAAUAUCUUGAGAAAAUCCGACCUGAAUGCGAGCGCUUUGGUAUUUGUCGGAUUGUUCCUCCAGCUUCCUUCAAGCCAGAGUGUCAAGUAGCAGAUGCAAUGCGUUUUACUGCCAAUAACCAGUACAUUCAUCGAAUGUUUCGACGCCGAGGAACCAAUUCACGUAAAUUAGAAGCCAUUCAUUGCCAUCUUAGAGAACUUAACAUUGACUACCAACCAGCACCUUGUAUCGGAGGGAUUGAAGUAGAUCUUCCGGGGCUUUACGAAGCUGUGCAAGACUUGGGAGGCCCAGGUCACGUCCUCGAAAAGAAUUUGUGGGCAAAAGUUGCAGAUACCUUAAAAAUUCCACGAGGUGCUCAAGAUCGGUUUUCCAAGUUGGACACAAUUUAUUGCAAGUACCUGCUCCCAUAUGCGACUCUGUCGGACGACGAACGCAGUAAACUAUUACAAAAGGUUGACUCCCAACAGAACCGACAGUCUAUUGAGGAUGAAGAUGAAGACGAAUGCAUCAUUAAAGGCAGUAGCAUGCCACUGAGCACUUUUUAUCGGAUUGCUCGCAAUACUUUUUCGGUUUGGUUUCCAAAUGCCAAUUUUUCAGCAACCGACACAUCUGUUCUAGAUCCCGCACAGGUGGAAGCAUCUUAUUGGAAGCUAGUCACUAGACGGGCGGCACAUGUUUGCGUUCAUUCUGGUAACAUUGAUUCAGGCCAGUCUGGUUAUGGAUUUCCUUGUAAUAAAACAUCUAGACAUCCGUGGAACUUAAAAGUCUUAACUAACAAUAAUGGGUCGAUACUGCGUAGCCUUGGACCCGUGGCAGGGUGUACCGUUCCUACGCUACAUGUUAGUAUGCUUUUCAGUUCUUCCUGUUGGUACCGUGAUCCUCAUGGCCUUCCUUGGAUUGAUUACAUGCACACUGGCGCAGAUAAAAUAUGGUAUGGUGUGCCGGCACUUCAAGAAACUGUCCUCAAACAAGCCAUGGACAAACUUGUUCCAGAUCUGGUAAAAGGCGACAAAUCUGUCUGGUUGUCCUCUGACACUGUUAUGGUCCCUCCUACCAUGCUGGCCGAUCAGAAAGUCAGUCUUAGUCGUACCGUUCAGAAAUCUGGCCAAUUUGUUGUUGUUUGGCCAAGGGCGUUCACUUCUUCGUUAUCUGCAGGUUACAGCGUCUCAGAAAGCGUUUGUUUUGCACCUGUGGAUUGGCUGCCAAUUGGAGAGUCUUGUUUCAAAGAACUGAGAAUCAACAACGAACCUACUGUUUUCUCCUUACAGCAGUUACUAUGGAGUAUUGCUCAUGACAACCGUUCAACAGUAAAUGUCUUGAAACGUGUCUUCCCAAUACUAAAACCCGGAAUUGACGAAGAAAUUCAAUUGCGAUCCAGCUUGCGCGACUUUGGCGUCCAACAUUGGAAAAAAUUAACAAGUAGUACAUCCGAGUCAAAUCAGCGGAGCGAUGGGAAGAAACGUCGACUGCCUUCAACCACUGACGAGGGUGACAUGGAGUGUGAUGUGUGCCAAGCUAGUCUUUUCUUCUCGCGAGCCGAAUGUCACUCCAGAGCAGAUUCUCCAGUCACAUGGUGUCUAAUGCAUGCCCUACAGAAAAUUAAAGAUCACCCACGAGUCACGCAGCAUGUUCGGGUGUUUUUUGUUCACGACGAAAAUGAGCUGCGUAAAACCGUUCAAACUCUACAAGAUCAUAUUCGAACUAAAUCCUUGCGGAGAUCGACCUCACAUCAACGAAGCUCGACGUUAUAAUGAAAAUGUGCUGCAAUUGCCAUUUUUUUUUAGAAGAAUGAACUGCUGAAAAGUUUUUCUCAAGCCAUUCUCUUUAUAAAAAGCGAUUACAAAACUUUGUGUAAGUAUUUGAAUCUCAGGAAAAUUUGAAUUCAUAAAUUGUAAUAAAUUUCUAGAAACGUGUAACUAGGUUUUUAAUAAAUAGACGAUGAAGUAACGAA